AUGUCGAGUAGUUCUCUAGGUCUUCUCUUUUCUGAAUGCGUGCUCUUUCUUUCGUCCUUGCCUACCCUGCAUGGCGUCCCCAAUUUCCUCGCUGUCGUGCGCGACCGGCGCUGGUUCACCGUCCUCGGCUCCGACCCCGUCUCCCUCGUCGUCGCCGCUCGACGUCCUGGCCCUGAUGACCGCCACCGCCCUCCUUUUGCUGCUCCUUUGUCCCCCGUGCUUGCCGUGCUGUUCGGCGACUUUGUCUCAUCUGUUACUGCAUUUUUAGAUGCUUGUUGCUAUGAAUUGGGGAUUAUUACUCUACAUUGGCAAUUCCUGAUGGCUGAUGAGGGAGAUUCUUCUUCUGAAGGAGAAAAGUCCGAACAAAGGGAUGAGUUGGAGUUGCAUUCUUCUAAUUCUGAUGAAUCUGGUUCUUCUGGUGCUUCUGAUGACAAUCACAAUGAUGGGGAUGGGAGUGACAGUGGUGAGAGCACAUGCAAUGAAUCUAUAUCAUUCCAAAGUCAAUUUUCAAUGCCUAAGCUGUUGAAGGUGAUAGGUGGUCUUACUGAAGCUCAGAUACAGCUGGUUAAGCAAUGUGGGUUUGGUUCCAUACUUAAGCUGAAAUGCAGUAUCAUGCCUUAUAAGCAGCUUAUUGUCUGGUUGGCAAGGUGCUAUGAUAAGGAGACACAAUCUAUCAAAAUCCCAGGAACUCGUGCAUUCAAGAUAGAUGGUUGCACAAUCCAUUGGAUUCUUGGAAUUCCUCGUGGUGGAGCUAAGAUUAAAUCAAGAGCUUCUCAGGAGUUGAAAUGUGUUAUUGCUAACGAUACAACUCCAGGACCGUUAGCUCCAAAGAUUCAAGAUCUUAUUGCCAUGAUUACUCCUGACCUUGUGGGUGAAAGAUUUGGUAGGAUCUUCAUGUUAGUAGUGCUCUCUAUAUUUCUGUGCCCGAGCAGUUCUAGCGGAGCCAGCUGUCAUUACUAUGAUGGAAUCCGUUCUGUGAAAAAGAUCAAGUCUUACGACUGGUGUGAUGCAGUGGUCAGUUGUUUGAAUUCUGGGCUCUGUAAAUUCCAACAGUCCGUGGCUAAAGGAAGCACUUCUGAGAAACCGACUUUGUCUGGUUGCAUAUUUGUCCUAUUUCUGUCUGACUUUCAAUUAAUGUCGAUUCUGUGUCUUGCUUUUGUUUUGUUACAAGUUACAAUUCUGUCAGAUAUGGAAGAUAUAUGGAAAUUCUUACGUGAAACUAAGUAUAUCAUUUGUGCAAGGCAUAUGUGGCUGCAGCCACCGGAUUCUCUGUUGAAGAGCAUGCAAAAUCAUUUCAAGGCUUGUGCACAAAUGAUUGAUGAAGAAGCUGAAAACAUUGGAAAACAGAAACUGAAUGGACAAGGUACUGGGAAGAUGGGCAUCGCAGGACAAUAA